AUGCAUGGUCGUGAUAUACAGCGUCGAAACGCACUUACUGCUCCACCCCCCGCGCCAGGCCCCAUCUUCGCGGUUCUGCUAGCGGCAUGGGUGCUGGCGGGGCUGUUGAUGGCGGCGUGGCUGUGCUACUCGCGGCACGCGUCGUACGAGAGCGAGCGAUGGCAGCACCUCGACACGUGGUGCUACGAGCGCGCCAAGCUCUUCGAGCAGCACACACUCACCACCGUCGGCCAGAUCCGCGUGAGUCCCGCACAGCCGUGCGAUGAGGGGCAAUGGCUGGUGGCGGUGAUAGGUAUGCCGAAAAGGGACGGCGGCAAGUGGACGUGGGACAAAUGCUUCACUCGCCUGCGCUGGGACGGGUACAUCAACCAGACGGGGUACUCUCGCCCGGGCAACACCGGUGCCAUGCUCUGCCUGUUUGUUACUGACAAGGAACGGCCGGCGUUUGAGCGGCAGUACGGAGGGCCAAUAGUGGACAUGGCAGGGCAACCGCAGCAGCGCCAGCCGCUGUACUGUCCCAAGCUGAUCGACAUCCAUUACUACCGCUCCUCCAUCCCCCUCAUGGACCUCGUUCAGCGCAUACCUGACGAACUCGCCUUCCUUAGGCGCACUGGGGAGGUUGGGUAUGGCGCUGUGACGCCUGUUGGGAACCUCAGCUACAAUCUCACCGGCGUUGCGGUGGGCUUCCCCAUCUUGCAGCACCCUCUGCCGCCGAACCCAACGCAGCAGCAGGCUGAGGAGGCAGUGAUCGGGGCGGCGGGCUCGGUUGUGGACCUCACCUCCAUCGCCAGGAACGUGCUCACCAAGGUGUUCAGCGCAGACCCCUCCAUAACCUUUGAGGCGUAUGACACGACUGACCCCAGCGCACCCGCCAUGAUCUACGGGCCUGGCCCACGGCUCAUCUUCUACAAGGAGAGGGACAUCGCACCCUUCACUGCCGCCUCGCCCACCACCGUCACGCGCCCCUGGGAGCAGCGCGCAGUCGUGCCCCUCGACCUGCUUGGGGGGCGUCUACGCCAGUACCAGGUCUGGUGCCGGUACUCUGAGCCUCCCGAUGCAUGGCAAUCACGGGGCAUUCCCUUCCUCUGGGCGCUACUCGCUCUCGUGCUGACAGCCCUGGUAGCAGCAGUAGCCUGGCUGCAGCGCGUGGGCUACUUACACAGCCAGGACGGAAUGGCAGAGGCCGACCGCCUUCGAGCCAGCGCGCGAGCAGCGGAGCUGUCCAAGAGCCUGUUCGUGGCGUCCAUGUCUCACGAGCUGCGCACGCCCAUGAUCGGCAUCAUGGGGUUGUUAGACGCCCUGGCAGACAUGGGGCUGAGUGGGGCUCAAAUAGCGGAUGUGGGGGAGGCGAGGGCAUCAGCGGAGGACACGGUUCGGCUGGUGAAUCGCGUGCUCGACCUGUCCAAGCUUGACGCGCGCAAGAUGGGGCUGUGCUGUGCGCCGCUGGAGCCGAGGGCCUGGCUGGAGGGCGUUGUUAGGGAGAACUACUGGAGGGCCCGCGAGAAGGGGAUAGAGCUGGUGGGAGUGGUGGAUGUGAACGUGCCUGUGGAGUUGGAAGUAGACGCCAUGCGACUCACACAGGCGCUGCAAGAGCUCCUAGACAAUGCAGUGCGCUACACGGGGAGCGGACACGUGUUGCUGCGAGUAUCUGUCUGCUCUGCCUCCACCACCCUGCAGCAAGCCCUCGCCCACCUCAACGCCCCUCUCCCGCCCUCGCCUUCUUCUCCCCCUCCAUCGUUCCUCUCCUGGCUCGCCCACCUGCCCGCCCGCCUGAUCACCCAUCUGGUUUUCUGCACCAGAGCUCUCCUCACGGCCUGCCAGGGCAGCCCGUUGUGCGCCCAGAGCACUGCGGAGAGCAGUGAGGAGAGAGUUGACCACAUGUCCUACCAGGGUUUCUACCAGAGAGCUGAUGAGAGAAUAGCCCAGAGGAGGAGCAGUCAGAGAUUUGAUGAGAGAAGCGAUAAGAGAAUAGCCCAGAGUAGUGAUGAGAGCAGUGAGGGCGAGGAGCUGCCAGCGCGAAGUGAUGCAGACGCAGCAGGCGGGUGCUUGCCCGCUGAUGCAGGAGGAGGGUGCUUGGCUGGUGUAGGGCUGUGGGGGCAGGUUGAGGUGCCUCAAAAUGCAGGUGCAGCAGGAGGUUGCUUGCCUGCUGAUGCAGCAGGGGGGUGCUUGUCUGGUGUAGGGCUGUGGGCGGCUAAGGGAGUGAGUGGGGUCACGAGGGGGGAUGGAGGAGAGGGGGACUCGGAGGAGGGUUGGGAAGGUGGUGGGGUGGAAAGUGGGUGCGGCGGUGGGAGUGGGGGGAUGCGGCUGGUUGUGUCGUGUGAAGAUACGGGGUGUGGCAUGGAGGAGGAGAAGCAGGAAGGGCUGUUUGAAUUGAAGGGGCGGUCAGAGAGUGGAGGGGCAGGUUUGGGUCUGGCUCUCUCACACCAACUGGUGACCCUCAUGGGCGGUCAUGUGGCCUGCCUGUCUCAUCCCGGCAUCGGCUCAACCUUCGCUUUCUCCGUCCCCUUCUCCUCGCCCCCCUCGACCCCCGCCCCUUCCACUCACGUUACUCACCCUCCCGCUCACGCCACCCUGCUCCCCGCUCCUCAUGCACCUGUUACUCACUUCCCCGCUCUCCCCACUGGCGGUUUGGAGGGAGUGGAGGUGGCUGUGAUGGCAUCUGAUGGAGUCAGGAGGAGAGAGCUCACGGCCCGCAUUCUAUUGGGUCUCGGGGCACAAGUGCACAUUCUUCCAGCCACUAGAAGCGAGCCGCAGCGAGGUAGAGAAGGUGAAGCAAAGAUUCUCGAGGGAGAAGGAGAGAGCAUUUGUUUAGAUGGAGAGAAGACUGAGGGUAGUGAAGAGGGAUUGUGGUCAGAGCGUGGGAGGCGGAGCUGUUUAGAGGGAGAAGGAGAGGGGAUGGAGGGAGGAGAGGCGAUGAGGAAAAGUGCCACUUGGGUGUUGGUGGUGGAGGAGGAGGAUUUGCUGAGAAGGUACGGGAGAGAAGCAGGAGGGGCUGCUUGUAACGGUGCGUGUGACAGCGGUGGGAGUGGUCAGGAGUGCGGUGGGGAUGGGUGGGGAAGGGGGAUUGGGCGAGGGAGUGGGGCGGGUGUGACGUGGGGCGAGAGAGGGCCUGUGCCUGUGGUGACGCUGGCACCCGCAGGCGCAGGCAGUUGGGAGGCAGCAGUGUGGCAGGCAGGCGUGCGGGCGGUGAGAGAGGUGGAUGGGAUGGCAUGUGAUGCUCUGGUGGUGGGGGUGGUCGUUCUCACGGCCUGCUGUGGUGGAGAGGCGAUGGGGGAAGGAGAGGAGGGGGAUGAGGAAGAGGUGGGAAAGGAGGAAGAGGAGAGCCGGGCAGCUGCUACAGCCACUGCUACUGCCUCUGCCUCUGCCUCUGCCUCUGCCUCUGCUGCCAUCUCACCUCGGGUGGUCAUCUGUCGCCGCCCGCUGCUCUCUCACCAUCUGCACCACGCCGUUCAGGUGAGCCUCUGUUGCCAUCAGGUGAGCCUCUGUUGCCAUCAGGUGACCCUCUGUGAGACUCUGUUGCCAUCAGGUGAGCCUCUGUUGCCAUCAGGUGACCCUCUGUUGGCAUCAGGUGAGCCUCUGUUGCCAUCAGGUGAGCCUCUGUUGCCAUCAGGUGAGCCUCUGUUGCCAUCAGGUGACCCUCUGUUGGCAUCAGGUGAGCCUCUGUUGCCAUCAGGUGACCCUCUGUUGGCAUCAGGUGAGCCUCUGUUGCCAUCAGGUGAGCCUCUGUUGCCAUCAGGUGACCCUCUGUUGGCAUCAGGUGAGCCUCUGUUGCCAUCAGGUGAGCCUCUGUUGCCAUCAGGUCAGCCUCUGUUGCCAUCAGGUGACCCUCUGUUGGCAUCAGGUGAGCCUCUGUUGCCAUCAGAUGAGCCUCUGUUGCCAUCAGGUGAGCCUCUGUUGGCAUCAGGUGAGCCUCUUUUGCCAUCAGGUGAGCCUCUGUCGCCAUCAGGUGAGCCUCUGUUGCAAUCAGGUGAGCUUCUGUUGCCAUCAGGUGGGCCUGCCAUCGGUGCAGCCACACCAGCUGCUGCUUCCAAUUCAGCCCGAGAGGUGCAGCGCAACGGUUGUUCCCUGCCAGGCAAGGGGUUGGGUGCGGUGCUGCAGGGUGCGGGGGUGGUGCAGGGUGCAAGGGUGCUAGGGGGGGUGGGCGUGCUGGUGGUGGACGAUGCGGCGGUGAAUCUGCUGGUGGCGCGUCGCACUCUCACUCGCAGCGGCGCCACCGUCGCCACCGCAGCCAGCGGGGAGGAGGCGCUGCGGCGAGUCAAGCACGCCCUGGGCCUGGGGGUCAGCGCACACCUCGUGGAGCCUGGCUUGGGAGGCGCUGCAGAGGCGGUGGAGGGGCAUGUGGAUGUGGAUGUGGUGCUCAUGGACCUGCAGAUGCCCCUCAUGGACGGCUUCGCUGCAACUUCGGCCAUACGAGCAUAUGAGACCGCCACAGCCCUUGAACGUGCAUCAGCCUCAGAAACCACCUCCGAAGCAUCAGUUUUAAGAAAAACAGGACAGGGCAACGAGAGUCCAGCCUGUGCCAACACUCCUCCUGCCCCCUCGGUGCAUCGGCUCCUCAUAGUAGCACACACAGCAGAUGUGGACGAUGAAAUUACGCGGCGCUGCCUUGCGAGUGGCUUUGAUGGCGUUCUGCAGAAGCCUGUCGACCCGAAGCUGCUCUCGCAGCUGCUUAUUCGCUUUAACAGCAGGGGCAGGCUCGCCCUCCCCCUCCCCUCCCCGCUUCCCCAGCAUCCACCCAUGCCAUCCGCAGACGUGCCCCCCGAGCGGCACUUGGUGGUGACGGCGUCGGGGCCGAACAGGCUGGGCAUCGUGUCGACGCUGGCGAAGCGGGAGGGGAGAAGCAUGGUUGCCGCGUCCCCUGACCGGCACUUGGUGGUGACGGCGUCGGGCCCAGACCGGCUGGGCAUCGUGUCGACGCUGGCGAAGCGGAUCCUCGAGUGCGGCGGCAACGUGGAGGAGAGCCGCAUGGCGCGGCUGGCGGGGGACUUCUCCAUCAUCAUGCUCAUCCGCGUGGAUGCCACAUCGCCACGGAUAGCGGAGGACCUUCGGCUCAAGCUGCUGGAAGUGCAGGGGCUGCAGGUGAGCACGCGGUGGACGGUGGACGAGCGCAGUGACGAGACGGCACCCAAGCGCAAGUUCCGGCGGCUGGUGCUGCGAGGGGCGGACAAUCCAGGGCUCGUGUACAACGUGACUGAGUACCUUUCGUCCAAAAACAUCAACAUCGAGAAUCUGGAAACAUUCACAGAGGAGGCCCCAUUCGGAGGCACCAUGCUGUUCCUAAUGGAGGGAGUCAUCGCCAUGCCCAUGCGCCUGCCCACACGGCAGUUGGAGCGGCAGCUGGACGCAUUGGAGCAGUCGCUAGGCGUGCAGAUAGAGCUGCUCAAUCUGGACCCGAAAGACAUGGUGGAGGACUGGAGAGCUGCUGAAGCUGGACCCCAACCCAAGGAUAUGGUGGAGGACCGGAGGCAGAUAGAGCUGCUGAAUCUGGUGUCCUCUCCCCCCGCCCCUUACCUUCUCUCCCCCUCCCAAUCGACGUGCAGGCUGUUGCCUCACCCUCCCACCCACCACUUCAUCGCCUCUCCCUCCCACCCACCUUUCCAUCGCUACUCCCUCCCACCCCGCCAUCCUCUCUCGAUUCCAGCCCGCCAUCCCCUCUCCCUCCCACUACGCCGAGGCGUCUCCCUCCCUCCCGCCGUCGCCUCUCCGUUCCUCCCGCCGUCGACUCUCCCUCCCUCCCGCCGUCGCCUCUCCCUCCUCCCCGUCGUCGCCUCUCCCUCCUCCCCGCCGUCGCCCAUCCCUCCUCCCCGCCGUCGCCUCUUCCUCCUCCCCGCCGUCGCCUCUCCCUCCUCCCCGCCGUCGCCUCUCCCUCCUCCCCGCCGUCGCCCAUCCCUCCUCCCCGCCGUCGCCUCUCCCUCCGCCUCACGGUCGCCUUUCCCUCCCAUCCGCCGUCGCCGCUCCCCCCCAUCCGCCGUCGCCGCUCCAUCCUCCCGCCGUCGCCGCUCCCUCCCAUCCCGCUGUCGCCUCUCCCUCGCAUCCCGCCGCCGACUCUGUCGACAGGUCACGAGCAAGCUGGUGCGCGAGUGGGAGCCGGUGCGCGAGCGCGGGUUUGACUCUGCACCGUGA